AGGCCUCGCUAUUAUAGAAACCACCACCACCACACAACAUUCCACUUUGCGCUGCGACCAACGACCACCAUGGACGCUAAACCUGCCACUUUCUCCUUGGCCUCUGCGCCUGUUGCGUCUCCCGCAAAGUCCGAGAGUGCUUCCAAGCCCAAGCCCUGCUGCGUAUGCAAGGACGAAAAGGCAAAGCGUGAUGAGUGCAUGCUCUUCUCAACAGCCAAAAACCCUGCUGCCGACUGCGUAUCCCUCGUCGACCAAUACAAGAGCUGCAUGCAGGGCUUCGGUUUCAGCGUAUGAUUUCAAACGUUUCAGCCUGGUGUAGGACUAUGUACAUUAUAAACAUUUAGACGAUCAAAAGUACGGCGCUCAAUUCUUCUCCGCUCUUCAACGAUUCCAUCACUUCGUCAAAUGCGGUGCAACCGCAGGCUUUGCCGAGGUUGUGAUACGAUUGCCGCUGUUGGGCGGAUGCAGAUGAUGCAGGGUGACCACCUUCUCCAAAGCCUCUUCAGCUUCCUUCUCUCUCCCUUCAUAUCCAGCCAGCAUCAUAUCUUCUAAUUCGCCCACCAUUCUUUGUGCAUUGGUUACUAUUCCCACCAUCUGGACUUCAAUGUUCUCCCUUCUAUCGGCUAGUCGCAUCAACUCUACUUGACAGUAUUGCCGCCUGGCUUUACUACAAGAAAAGGAGUCAGCCUAGUCCGGAGCGUGAGGUCAAUAUAUGCUCCUUUACCGCUGGCGUUGUACAUCUUCUU